AUGCCACGCAUCAUGGAGCCUGUUUCUUUCUCCGAAUUCGACGACGAAGUACUCCGCCCCCCGCCAAACGCUGCCGAGUUCCUGGCCGCUGCAGACGCCAGGACUGCACCUGCUGAAGCAGCACGCGCAGGCGCAGGUGCAGGCGUGGUUGCGGAAGAGGUUGCUGAUGGUCGCAUGGCCGCUCGGCUGAGGGACUACCUCACACAAUUUGAAGAGCGGCUCGGCAAACGCUUCACGCACCUGGAAGAGCUGAUCGACCAACGCUGCACGGCCAUCGACCAACGCCUCGCGGGCACCGACCAAUGCCUCGAUGUCCUAGUCCCUCUCGCUGCGCACAGCACCAUCCUCAUGGCAAAGACCGAGAACCAAUUCCAUCGUGAUCCCGACGACCUGGAGGAGGUGCCUUUCCCGAACGGGCUGCUCCCCUGGGGCAAAACCGUCGAAGGUUCAGCCUCCCAAGGUUCCGUCCGUGCAGAGGUAGAGCUUCCGGCGCUCAGCUCUGUUGGUGCGGUCCACGCGCUGGAUACACCCCAGACAUACGGCUACUUCAGAGGGUACUAUCCGAACGACAGCGUACCCUCGGUGUCCUCUUGCAAGAAACUGAUCCUGCUCGCAAUUGGGCGGCCCUUAGAUGCCCAGUGAAUCGUUGCGUCCGUUCGCACCCUACCUUCGCCACUGUACGCCUAUACACAUCCGAUGUACGAUCGUUCACACCCCGGCCCCGGACAAACAUAUCCUACAGCUGCCUGUUAGUAUCUGUAUCCACGUCUGUAAUCCCUAGAAAUU